AUGGAGAAGGGGGCGCGGUCUCGCACUCAGCAGGCGCGCAGUGUGCAUGAUGCACCCGGUUCUGGUGGAUCGAUGCUAUACUACAAGGCCGCACCGACCAAUGGUGGAGGACACUCGCAACCGAAAUCACAACGACGGCUGCAAUGGCCGGCCCGAGCCACGUGGAACCUGCAUAUCCCGGCGGGGCAACUACGAAUGCGCCACCACUCCACAAUUACGUACUCAUCGCCGCCAAGAUGGGCUGGGCUGACAAAUAUGAAUAAGGUGGACAUCCUCCUGGGGUUCAUUGUGUCACCAGACUCCGACACAAGCACGCUACCGACACACUGGGCCCACGCGCUUCAACACUGGGGCCAAAUGACGUGGCUCAUGAAUCCACCGCGCAACACUCUUCCCAGCCCCCCACCGGCCUACACCCAGGCAAUCCGAUGGGAUGCCGAUAACGACGGCGACCCAGAAGACCCGACGUGCCACGAGGUGCACAGCUGGCUGCGAGCCAGCUUCCCACAUAUAUACCGGGCACCAGCCGCAUGGCAACGGCUCCCGACUAUGACUAACAACACGCUACAAUGGGCCAUUGCACUCUCUCUCACCCCACGCCUCGGCAAAGACUUUCACCGCCGAUGGUUCACUACCCAUUGGACUACACUACACGCGUACUGGACCCACACGUGUCACGAACAAUACGUAGCUACCGCACAGGACGGCGAUACCGCACUAGCACAAGCGGUCAACACCGGCAUCAAACAGCGCCGCCGGGCUCACGAUGAUACCCCGGCUGCCAUGGACACAAACCUACGCCAAGCGAAAGCCCGCCGGACCCCCCCGCCGCAUCACACGACCAACAAAUCGUUACACGAACGCGACGACGCAGACCACUGCGACGACCACCGGAAACAAGUGCUGCAAGGCACCAACAACUAUAGCAACACCGACCAGACACGUCCCACAGCACACCGCACACUAACGAAGGCCCGACAGACUGAGGCCGAUGCACGAACCACCCCGGUGUGA